AUGGCCGGGACGUAUAGCUCCACUCUGAAGACGCUGGAGGACUUGACCUUGGACUCCGGGUAUGGGGCCGGGGACUCGUGCCGCUCACUCAGCCUCUCGUCCUCCAAGUCCAACUCGCAGGCGCUCAACUCCUCGGCGCAGCAGCACCGCGGGGCGGCCUGGUGGUGCUACUCCGGCUCCAUGAACAGCCGUCACAACAGCUGGGACACGGUGAACACGGUGCUGCCCGAGGAUCCCGAAGUGGCGGACCUCUUCUCGCGCUGCCCGCGCCUCCCCGAGCUGGAGGAGUUCCCCUGGACGGAGGGAGACGUGGCCCGGGUGCUUCGCAAAGGCCCCGGUGGCCGGCGGCUGCCCCUGUUCUCAGCGGAGGCGGUGCGGCGCCUGGCCGGGCUGCUCCGCAGGGCGCUCAUCCGAGUGGCCCGCGAGGCGCAGCGCCUGAGCGUGCUGCACGCCAAGUGCACCCGCUUCGAGGUGCAGAGUGCCGUGCGCCUGGUGCACAGCUGGGCGCUGGCCGAGAGCUGCGCGCUGGCUGCGGUCAAGGCGCUGUCCCUGUAUAGUAUGAGCGCCGGCGACGGGCUGCGUCGGGGCAAGUCCGCGCGCUGUGGCCUCACCUUCUCCGUGGGCCGCUUCUUCCGCUGGAUGGUGGACACCCGCAUCUCCGUGCGCAUUCACGAGUACGCGGCCAUCUCACUCACCGCCUGCAUGGAGAACCUGGUAGAGGAGAUCCGGGCCAGGGUGCUGGCCAGCCAGAGCCCCGACGGUGGAGGGGUUGGGGGAGGGGAGGUGUCUGCAGAGGCCCUGGAGAUGGUCAUCAACAACGACGCCGAGCUCUGGGGCGUCCUGCAGCCCUAUGAACAUCUCAUCUGUGGCAAGAACGCCAAUGGUGUCCUCUCUCUCCCUGCGUACUUCAGUCCUUACAAUGGUGGGUCCCUGGGCCAUGACGAGCGAGCCGAUGCAUACGCUCAGCUGGAGCUCCGGACCCUGGAGCAGUCCCUCCUGGCCACCUGCGUGGGAAGCAUCUCUGAGCUGAGUGACCUGGUCUCCCGUGCCAUGCAUCACAUGCAGGGGCGCCACCCGCUGUGUCCUGGCUCCAGCCCCGCCCGCCAGGCCCGCCAGCCCCCCCAGCCCAUCACCUGGUCCCCCGAUGCCCUCCACACGCUCUACUACUUCCUGCGGUGUCCACAGAUGGAGUCCAUGGAGAACCCCAACCUGGACCCCCCAAGGAUGGCUCUGAACAAUGAACGGCCCUUCAUGCUGCUGCCGCCGCUGAUGGAGUGGAUGCGCGUGGCCAUCACGUACGCGGAGCACCGCCGCAGCCUCACCGUGGACAGUGGCGACAUCCGGCAGGCCGCCCGGCUGCUGCUGCCUGGCCUGGACUGUGAGCCCCGGCAGCUCAAACCCGAGUGCUGUUUCAGCUCCUUCCGGAGGCUGGAUGCCCGAGCAGCUACCGAAAAAUUCAACCAGGACCUGGGAUUCCGCAUGCUCAACUGCGGAAGGACAGACCUCAUCAACCAGGCGAUCGAGGCCCUAGGCCCGGAUGGGGUGAACACUAUGGACGACCAGGGUCUGACGCCACUGAUGUAUGCCUGUGCGGCCGGGGAUGAAGCGAUGGUCCAGAUGUUGAUCGAUGCGGGAGCGAACUUGGACGUCCAGGUUCCAAGCAACUCUCCCCGGCACCCCUCCGUCCACCCCGACAGCCGGCACUGGACAUCGCUGACGUUCGCAGUGCUGCAUGGACACAUCUCUGUGGUCCAGUUGCUACUGGACGCUGGUGCCCACGUGGAGGGCUCGGCAGUGACCGGCGGUGAGGACAGCUACACGGAGACCCCCCUGCAGCUGGCCUCUGCAGCGGGGAACUACGAGCUGGUCAGCUUGUUGCUGAGCCGCGGCGCCGACCCCCUGCUCAGCAUGCUGGAAGCCAAUGGCAUGGCCUCCUCCCUCCAUGAGGAUAUGAACUGCUUCAGCCACUCGGCUGCCCACGGCCACAGGAAUGUCCUGAGGAAGCUCCUGACCCAGCCCCAGCAGGCCAAAGCGGAUGUGCUGUCCCUGGAAGAGAUCCUGGCUGAAGGCGUGGAGGAGAGUGACACGUCCAGCCAGGGCAGCGGCAGCGAGGGCCCCGUGCGGCUGAGCCGGACCCGCACGAAGGCCCUGCAGGAGGCCAUGUACUACAGUGCCGAGCACGGCUACGUGGACAUCACCAUGGAGCUGAGGGCGCUGGGGGUCCCCUGGAAGCUGCACGUGUGGAUCGAGUCUCUGAGGACGUCCUUCUCCCAGUCCCGGUACUCGGUGGUGCACAGCCUCCUACGGGACUUCAGCUCCAUCAAGGAGGAGGAGUACAACGAGGAGCUGGUGACCGAGGGCUUACAGCUCAUGUUCGACAUCCUCAAGACCAGCAAGAACGACUCGGUCACCCAGCUACUGGCGGCCAUCUUCACGCACUGCUAUGGCAGCAGCCCUGUCCCCAGCAUCCCGGAAAUCCGGAAGACCCUGCCUGCCAGGCUGGAUCCUCACUUUCUGAACAACAAGGAGAUGUCAGAUGUGACCUUCCUAGUGGAAGGAAAGCUGUUUUAUGCACAUAAAGUCCUGCUGGUGACGGCUUCUAACAGGUUCAAGACGCUGAUGACCAAUAAAUCAGAACAAGACGGCAACGGCAGCAAAACCAUUGAGAUCAGUGACAUGAAGUACCACAUUUUUCAGAUGAUGAUGCAGUACCUGUACUACGGAGGGACAGAAGCCAUGGACAUCCCAGCUGCCGACAUCCUGGAGCUGCUGUCGGCGGCCAGCUUGUUCCAGCUGGAUGCCCUGCAGAGGCACUGCGAGAUCCUGUGCUCCCAGACCCUCAGCGUGGAGAGUGCCGUGAACACGUACAAGUACGCCAAGAUCCACAAUGCCCCCGAGCUGGCCCUGUUCUGUGAAGGCUUCUUCCUCAAGCACAUGAAGGCCCUGCUUGAGCAGGACUCCUUCCGGCAGCUCAUCUACGGCCGCAACAGCAAAGUGCAGGGCCUGGACCCGCUGCAGGACCUGCAGAGCACCCUGGCCGAGCGCGUGCACUCCAUCUACAUCACCUCCCGGGUGUGAGGGGGCUGGGCGCACAGCAGGUCAGCACACCCAGCGCCCUUUGAGCCAGGGCUCUGUCUCGAAGCAUCCCAGGAGGCAUGAGAGG